CUUCAGUAAACAUUCUUCGAGAAAUCCCAUCCUCAAAAUCUCGGAGUGGGUGAAAAUCUUCAUGGUUUCUCCUUUUAUCGCACACGCCUUUUCCCUCUUUUCCAAAAGAAAAUGUUGGACAAUAUUAUGGAGAUCAGCCAAAGAGAUUUUCAAUUUGUAGCAUCAGGAUACAAUCUGAAGCUACUAAAACAAAAUGCAGAAGUUCAUAUGUUGGACUCUCCAUUGUUUGCAGAAGUAGGACCAGUCUUUUCAGGUUUGGAAGAAGAAGCCAUGGGGCUGCAAUGUCUACUAGAAGAACCAAAAUGCUGUGGCAUAGAUGAGGUACUGCAUUCAAGUUUUACUGAAGAUAGUAAUACUGUAGAACAGGUAUGCUCCAGUAUCACUGAAAAUGACAGUCUCUUUUACCCCCUUGGAAAAUGUGAAAGGGUGCCUUGGGAAGGAAAUAGUGACUUUGUUGCAUGUGAAAACUACUUGCUGGGUAUUAUGCUUGAUGAAAAUGCUCAGAACCUUCAUGUUAUUAUGAACAAUGAAGUACAUGGCGGUAAAACAAACUUUGAUCACAGCUCUGUUGAUUUCGACGGAAGUUGUGGUGCUUCUGAUGAGGUGUUAAGGGAGUCUAUACCAACAACUGAAAACACGGGUGAGGAAAUAUCACCCACAGCUGAUGAGGUAUUAAGGGUGUCUAUACCAACGAAUGAAAAUAUAGGCGUGGUAAUAUCACCCACAGCUGAUGAGGACCUCCUUAGAGCAUCUACCCCCUAUUCGAGUAUAUUCAAGUUUAAAAGAAAGCAAAGGGUGAAACGUGUGAAUAUGAAAAGAAAAGUCUCUACUUUUGACUCUUUCCAAAGCUUGUGCUUCAUGCUUGGACGAAAUUCCGAACUUGAUAUGAGGAAAUCUGAAAUUUCAAAAUUGCUCCCAAAAGGUAACAUUUUGCAUGAUGGUUGGUCAAAACCAAAAGCUUUCAGAAACAAUCAUUUUCGAAGUUGCAACAGAAUUCCUCUUCAUCUUCAUUGUGUUGAAGACGAAUCUAUCAGGGUUGAGGGACACAAAAGGGUGAAUGGCAGGAAUAAAAGACGCGACAGGUAUAGCAAUGUCUCUGGCAAUUCUUUAUUUGAAUCAGAGGAAGAUGAUGAUACUUAUUCAGUUGGGGAGUCAGCGGAAGCCACAGAUGAAUCUGAAAAUAAACAAAAGAAGACCACGAGGAUUAACAUCAAGCAAAAAAGAAGGAACCACAACUUCUGGUCAAUUACAGAAGUAACAAAUUUGGUUGAAGGCAUAUCAAAGUUCGGUGUUGGAAAAUGGGUUGACAUAAAGAGGUUCUUCUUCCACGCAUCGCCUCAUCGCAGUCCUUCAGACCUGAAGGACAAGUGGAGAAAUCUUAUGAGGGCAAGCCGUGGAAGUUCACAAAAGAUGAGGGGGAGGCCAACACGAAAGGGUAAACAGUGCUCCAUACCAGUAAUACCACAGCAUGUUCUACACCAGGUUCAUGAUUUAGCUGCCUCUCAUCCAUAUCCAAGGAGGAAAUGUGCCAAACUUUCCCUUCGAAUGAAGUGAUUCAUAUGCAUAUAUAAGUCUCUGUCGUGUAAAGAAAUGGGCACAGAGUGUCAAUAUAUACGGAGUACAAUUUUAAGCCAGCUGCCACUAGUUGUGCAUAUGUGUACAUCCCACUGCUUAGAAAUUAAAAUGCUCACCUUUUGUGAGGUACCAAUUACCAAACCAUUAGAUUGAUAUGAUGGUACAAUAUUCAGCUGAUUCCAUUGUCCGG